AUUUUACUGCUAAUGUGUGUGCUUUCCACGUUACAAGCGGCACCCAACAAUCAUCGUCACAGUGACAGUAAUACUGAGGUGGUGACGAUCAAAGAAAACGAGAACGAAACAAUCAAAACGGCAAAAUCAUUAACAGCUGGCAAUAGGACCAAGAAAUCCAACCUCAAGUCGACACCAAUUACCUACAUCACCACGCUAGCGGACGUCGCCCAUCAGCACCAUGCCAAAGCGUCUACGCCGAAGAAAUACAGCGGCAAACCGAUGGCGAAAGCUCGUGACGACAAAGAACUGCAGCAACACAAGACAGGCAAAGUCAAGCAUCAUCAUUCGGAAAAGUCCAACGGCAAGUCUCUGGAGGUGCCAAAAAAGGAACCUCUGAAUAAUCCAGCAAUGCUCAGCAAAUUGGGUCUUGGCAAGCUGCACAUCUCUUCUAGCCAUCACAAGAAGCGAUUAGCGGUGGAGUCUCGCCACCAUGGCCGACCCGAUGACUCACAUAUGUUCGUGAUCAAGCUGCCACCAAAUCCGUACUACUACACCAACAAUGGACCGGUUCCGGCGCCCAAUGCGAUCGAGGAUGUAGGCAAAAAGGUCCCUGUGGGUUUCAAAUCGAAUGGAAAGCCCGGUCGAAUCUACCAUUGGAACAUCCCCGUGCUGAAGAAGAUCCUCGGCAACAAUCAUGGACGGAACCCAAAUUCACGACACCAUGAUAACAUCGAUGAACUUAUCGACAUUAAAGAUAUUCCCACGUGGAGCAAGCCAUGGAGAACGAAGCGUUGGACAAAUCAUUAAUCAAGUUCAGCACUGUGGAUCAUGUUGAGAAACUCCAGAAGAAGAAAUCUCCCUCCUACUAUGCUCCUAUCAAGGCAAAAAAGAGC